AUGGGGAAAUCCUCGAUGAUCUUUCACUACUUUUUAGUAAUUUCUCUCUUCGUCCUCGUAUCGUCCUCGAGCGGUGAAGACACAAUCCAGCAGUCGCAGAACAUCAGCGAUGGCCAGACUCUCGUCUCCGCCGGCGGGAUCUUCGUGCUGGGGUUCUUCUCUCCGGUGGAUUCCGGUAAGAGGUAUCUGGGUAUAUGGUUCGCCAUUUCUAAUACAACAGUCGUAUGGGUCGCGAACAGAGAUAAGCCUCUCAACGACUCCUCCGGUAUCCUGCGCAUCGACAGCACCGGCAAUCUCGUCCUCGCCGGGAGCCCUCCCAGCACAAUCUUCUGGUCUACGGGUCAAACCAGCUCUGCCGGCGCUACCGCACAGCUGCUGGACUCCGGCAAUUUCGUACUCAGAGAAGGGAGCAGUCCUACGGCCGGAAACUUUCUCUGGCAAAGCUUCGAUCACCCAACAGAUACCAUGCUUGCGGGGAUGAAGAUCGGGCCGGACUACAGGACCGGGCGUGAUCGGAACUUGACGGCGUGGAGGAACGCAAGCGAUCCCUCACCGGGACGAUUCACCUACAAGCUGGACCCUCGCGGGAUGGGUCAACCCUUCGUGCUGGAUAACACGACGGUGAUCUACCGCAGCGGCCCCUGGAAUGGGAUCCAGUUCAGCGGCUCACCGUCGAUGAAGUCCUACCCGAUGUUCUACUCUACCGUCGUCCAGAAUCAGGAGGAGGCGUACUACCAGUUCGGGGUAACCCAGGCGACGACCCUCACUAGGCUGGUGAUGGAUUAUUCCGGAGUGGCGAGGCGCUUGCUGUGGGAUAGUAAGAAGGCGGGCUGGCAGGAGCUGUGGAGUUCGGCCCUGGACCGGUGCAGCAACUACCUCUUCUGCGGCCCCAACGGGGUCUGUAACGGCGAUGGUUCUCUCCCAUGCAACUGCCUCCCGGGAUUCCGGGCCAGGAAUCAAGACGAGUGGGACAUUCAAAACUGGAGUGGAGGCUGCGAGAGGAAUACGAGUCUGAACUGCGCCGACGGCGACGGGUUUCUGCCGCGGAUGGGGAUGAGGUUGCCAGACACGGUGAACUCCACCGUCGACAUGAGCAUGAAUUUCAAUGAAUGUAAGGAAACAUGUCGGAAGAAUUGCUCCUGCGCAGCCUACGCGAGCGCGAACAUCAGCGGAGGAGAAAGUGGUUGCAUAACCUGGAUUGGGGAUCUGAUCGAUCUGAAAACUUUUGGGGAAGCUCAAGAUGGGCAAAACAUAUACAUACGACUGGCGAAAGCUGAUAUCGGUACGUUCUAUCAUCUUACUCACCCGAGAUUUUACUCAAUUAAAAUCACGUAUGACUGGUCUGAACCAGCUCCUCAAGGAUGCUCCGAUGUUCACAUUUUUGGGGUCCCUCCCUCCUAA